AUGAGUAGUUUCACUAGGGCACGUUCAUUUAAUUUACAUGAACAGGACUAUUGGUCUCAACUUGAUCAGUUUUUAACUAAUCUAUCAUAUGAUGGUGCAACAAAUCUUUUUCAACUAGCUACACUUUCAACUACCAUUCCAAAUACAACGCAUUAUUUUUUAUUUAGUGAUUGUCUUUCGACUAUUGGUAAUGAUGAACCAACCCUAUUGAAUAAUUUGACAACAAAACCAAUAUGGAUAUUUAAUGCUAAUUCUGCACCUGAACCAAUUUUCCAUUGA